AUGGCACAGAGGAAGUUGGCGCGGCUUCCUUCCUACGUAGACAGGGUGCCUUUGCCACGAAAAUGCAAGCCGGAUACCUGGCUGGUUGUCGGUGUGGAAUUCCUGUUGGUUUUCAUGGCAGCUUGCAUUGGACUGUUUGUCUACUAUCGAUCACACGAUCUACCCUUUUAUGCUGCCAAAUUCUACGCUCAUUUGGGUUCAUCCACGGCCCAGCACGCGUUGAGCUUGUAUUACCUCAGUCGGUUUGACGAGCACCCAGACAACGCCGUCCUCGCUGAACACUGGCUCAAACGAGCAGCCGAGGGAGGCCACGGCGUCGCCGCCUACAACCUCGCCGUCGCCCACCUUCGUGGCGAUCUGCCCUCCAAGACGACGCUGGACCCCAGCCAAGUUCACAGCCUCCUCUCUCUGGCCGUCCGCAGUGGGGUUCACGAGGCAUUGGGGCCGCUGUAUCUGUGCGGUCACGGACAAUGCUCCAGGAACCAGUCGUCGGGCUGA